AAAUCUGUGCUCCUCGUGACUUCGCAUCCUGACGAUGAGAGCAUGUUCUUCGGGCCGACGAUUCAAGCGGCGAAGCGCAUGGGUGCCCAAGUGCACAUCCUGUGCUUGUCCGCAGGCAACGCAGACGGUCUCGGCGAGGUCAGGGCCAAAGAGCUCGACGCCGCGGGGAACUAUUUAGGCGUCGCGUCGGUAAAUUUAGUCGACGACGCGGCGCUUCGAGAUGGCUUCGAGGAGAAGUGGCCUGUGGAGGCUGUGGCGGCCCAGGUUGACGCCGCUGCGAGAAAGGUUGGAGCGGAGACAGUUGUGACGUUCGAUGCGGGCGGGAUCUCGGGCCAUCCGAACCACACGGCGACGUACCGGGGUGUGCUGUACUGGAUGCUGAGCGAAGAUUACAGGGAGACCCUGCGGGGGGUGAGGCAGGUUUGGUCGCUGGUCACGACGAACACGGUGAGGAAGUUUGUGGGAGCAUAUGACGCCUUUGCCUCUUUCUUCCUAGAUCCGGACGCAAUGCUGGCAGCGUCCAACCCGCUGGUGCUGAUGCGGGCGAUGGCAAUGCACGCGAGCCAGUUUGUGUGGUACCGGAGGUUAUUCGUCGUGUUCUCGAGGUAUUCGUACACGAACACGCUGA